UUUAGCUUUGGGAGCUCCUUUGUUGCUUGCCUGCCUGCGGGCAGGAAGAUUUGUUUUGCAUUUCUGUUUGAGUGGAGCAUCAACACAUCCUUUUCCUGCUUGAAAGCGUCUGUCUUCUUCACUGACACAGGGCAUAAGGCCCCAAAAAGAUGUUUUCUUUACUCUCCAAGCUCACUCCACCCCUCUCCAAAACUGCUCUCCACCUGCCUAAAUCCUUCAGCACCACCACUCCACAGCCGCAAAACACCACCUCCGCCGCCGCCAUCCUCACCGGCCUUAUUCUAACCUCCACCAACCCAAAAUCCCUUACCCAAUCCCUCCUCUCCCCCUCCAUCAACUGGACCCCGCUUUUAGUCGACACCAUCCUCAAGCAGCUCUGGAACCACGGCCCCAAAGCCCUCCAAUUCUUCCACCUCCUCCUCCACAACCACCCUACCUACAUCCACUCCGUUUCCUCCUUCGACCAUGCCAUAGACAUCGCUGCCCGUCUCCGUCACUACGCCACCGUUUUCACCCUCCUCCACCGUAUGCGCUCUCUCCGCCUCCACCCCACCCCCAAAACCUUCGCCAUCAUCGCCGAAAGGUACGUCGCCGCUGGAAAACCCGAUAAAGCCCUUAAAAUCUUCUUGUCAAUGCAUGAACAUGGUUGUUUCCAGGAUUUGCAUUCUUUUAAUACAAUUCUUGAUGUUUUAUGUAAAGCUAAACGUGUUGAGAAAGCAUGCAACUUUUUUAAAGUACUCAGAGGAAAGUUUAAAGCCGAUGUUAUUAGUUAUAACAUAAUCGCAAACGGUUGGUGCUUGAUUAAGAGGACAAAUAUGGCUCUUGAGACUUUAAAGGAGAUGGUGGAAAAAGGUUUGACUCCAAAUUUGACUGCGUAUAAUAUAAUUCUAAAAGGCUAUUUUAGAGCUGGUCAAAUUGAGGAGGGUUGGAAGUUUUUUCUGGAAAUGAAGAAGAGAAAGUGUGAAAUUGACGUUGUUACUUAUACUACUGUAGUUCAUGGACUUGGUGUUGCGGGGGAGAUUAAGAGGGCUAGAAAAGUUUUCGAUGAGAUGGUUAGGGAAGGUGUGUUGCCUUCAGUUGCAACUUACAAUGCUUUGAUUCAAGUUUUGUGUAAGAAAGAUUGCGUGGAGAAUGCUAUUUUGGUUUUUGAGGAGAUGUUGAGGAAGGGUUAUGUUCCGAAUUCAACUACUUAUAACGUGGUGAUUAGGGGGUUGUGUCAUAAAGAACAAAUGGAUAGGGCUAUCGAAUUUAUGGAUAAAAUGAGGGAUGAUGAAUGUGGACCAAAUGUGCAGUCAUACAAUAUCGUGAUUCGGUAUUUCUGUGAUGCUGGUGAGAUUGAGAAAGGUUUGGAGUUGUUUCAGAAAAUGAGUUGUGGUGAUUGCUUGCCAAAUUUGGAUACGUACAAUAUUUUGAUAAGUGCAAUGUUUGUAAGGAAGAAACCCGAUGAUUCAGUGGUGGCUGGGAAGUUGUUAAUUGAGAUGGUUGAUAGAGGAUUUAUGCCUCGAAGAUUAACUUUCAAUCGUGUUUUGGAUGGACUUUUGCUGACAGGUAAUCAAGGUUUUGCAAAGGGGAUUUUGAGAUUGCAGAGCAGAUGUGGCCGUCUUCCUCGACAGUUUAAAUUGUGAAGCCUGUUGUAUCUGAUUUUGUCAUAUCAACACUGUCGAUCUCAUUCCUAUUUCUGAGGAAUUAUGCCUCUUUACUUUCUAAAAUGCAGUGAUUGUGAAGAAAUCUGGUACUUUUUGUGACUGUCAGUUCUUGAGUGCAUAGCUGUACCGAAUUGGAGGAUUUAGACUCGCUGGCUGAUCGUUUGCCUUGUAGCACUUUUUGACAAAAUCCUUCUGUUGUGUAAAAUUUACAGACUCUUUUAACUCAAACCUUGUUUCAUUUAAUUGCUGCGGGGAGAAUAUGAGGUUGCUUCUAAGCAAUGUUGCCAUGUUUAUUGAAGUAUGUACUGGUGAGGAAUUCGUGAGGGCACAAAUAAUUUUCUCAACCAGCUUUAAUGUCAGCUAGAGAUGCUUGAACUGAACAUUUGUCAUCAUGAGGUCAGUAUGUUAAACUAUGAUGUUUUUCCUGCCCUGUUUUAUGGUUAACUCACAGUGCGUUAUUCUUGGUUCAACUUUCGGGAAGAUUUGCAAGCUUAAUUUACUUUCCAAAUCAACCAAUCCUAAGCUUUUGCAUUGGAGGAUGAUAAUCUUUUUGAAUUGAUGUCCUCGAUACAGCAACUUCUUACUUGCAGAAAUGUGUUCCGGAGGUGGUGGAGAGGUUUUCUUUGUAAUACUUGGAGAGAGAGGAAUAGCAGGCUUCAGUUGUAUGAAAUGCAGUGUAUUAUGAGCCUAGUGUGGCAUUAUCAGUAGUGCUGUCAAGUGUAGGGUAUAAAGUUGUCCGAGGAUUUAAGGAUGCUGUCAUGAAUAGAGGAUUGAGCCUGAAGUGCGAAAUGAGGCAGUUGUUAUUGGGGGGCAUAAUAGCAUAAUUUCUGCUUUGCUACUGGCAUUCGUGUAGUAAUUUUAUUACCCGAAUUCGAACCCGUUUACAAUACCUGAAUAAAAUUGCAGCAUUAGGACUC